AGUUUUGAUGGAAGAGGCAAACCAAACAGAGAUGGUGUGGUUCUUCUUUCGCCCAUUCUCAUCUCAUUUUCAGGUACAGAUGGUGAUUUUCAUGGCCUUCUUGGCUAUGUAUCUGAUGAGCCUCAGUGGCAAUGCCACCAUCGGUCUAGUGGUCCAGGCUAACCACUCACUUCAUACUCCUAUGUACUUCUUUCUGGCCAAUUUGGCAGUUUUGGAGAUUUUUUAUACAUCAGCAAUUGCACCAUUGGCUUUGGCCAACCUCUUGUCCAUGGGGAAAACCCCAAUUUCCCUCCCUGGGUGUGGUACACAGAUGUUCUUCUUUGUCUUCUUGGGUGGAGCUGACUGUGUGCUGUUGGCUGUCAUGGCCUAUGACCGGUUCGUAGCCAUCUGUUACCCACUGAGGUACACCCUCAUCAUGAACUGGCGCUUGUGUGGCCAGUUGAUGGUGGGAUCUCUGGUUCUAGGUUUCAUGCUGUCCUUGCCCCUCACGACGCUGAUUUUCCGGCUCCCGUUCUGCCAUAAUAAUGAGAUUUACCACUUCUACUGUGACAUGCCAGCAGUCAUGCGCCUGGCUUGCACGGAUACACACACUCACGAGACUGCUUUGUACAUCAUCAGCUUCAUCGUUCUGAUGAUCCCUCUCAUGCUCAUCUCUAUCUCUUAUGUCUACAUUGUGGCAGCCAUCUUGCGCAUCCAGUCAGUGGAAGGGCGCCGCCGAGCCUUCUCCACCUGCUCCUCCCAUAUCACUGUGGUUCUGCUGCAGUACGGAUGUACAAGCUUCAUUUACUUAUCUCCAAGCUCCAGCUAUUCUCCUGAAUUGGGUCGAGUGGUAUCCGUGGUCUAUACCUUUAUCACUCCAAUCUUAAAUCCUCUGAUCUAUAGUAUGAGGAACAAGGAACUGAAAGAUGCCCUUCAGAGAACGCUGGGGAAGUUGUUGUGGACACAGUGUAAAUGACUGAUACCGUACCCUGGGAAAAGGAAUCUGAAUGGCCAGAUGGGAUGUCAGGGUUUGAGGAAUGGAAUGAGAAUCAUCACGUCUGUGAUAUUGAUCAGUGUCCUGAUCAUGGACCAAUCCCUGAAACUCAGGGUCUUCACCUUUAAAAUGAUGAUGAUGUAGAUGACUUCACUCAUAGGGCUGUUGUGAGGAAAAUGCUUUGUAAACCUUAAAGUACUUUAAAAAGAAAAAAGGAGAGUUUUGAUUAAAGACUACAAGGCUCAGAGCCAGAGACUAGAGUUUGAAUUUCCUUUCUGUCACCCACUACCUGUAUGUAUUACCCCUAGCUGUGUGACCAAGGCUCUGGGUUCCUAUUGACUAAAUGAGAGGGCUGGACUGGAUAGAUAGUCUUAAAUAUCUCUUAGAAUUCUGAUAAUUGGGGGUAGCUGGGUGGCUCAGUGGAUUGAAAGCCAGGCCUAGAGAUGGGAGGUCCUAGGUUCAAAUCUGGCCUCAGACACUUCCCAGCUGUGUGACCCUGGGCAAGUCACUUAAUCCCCAUUGCCUAGCCCUUACCACUCUUCUGCGUUGGUGCCAAUACACAGUACUGACUCCAAGACAGAAGAUAAGGGUUUAAAAAAAAAAGAAUUCUGACAAUUGAAGAGCUGACAAAAUGGUAAACAUGGUAAAUUAACUUCAAUAACCUUAAACUGCAAAAUGUUUAUCAGAUAAUAAUAACCUUAUCUCUUUUCAUCUCUCCCUGUGCCUCAACUCUACUAAAACGACUAUUUGUCUUCGCCUGGAUCCCUCAAUACUCUCUGAGGCCAUCAUUCCUGUGUGGUUCAACUUUGCUCCCUUCCUAAUCUCAGUUUUUUCCUUCUGAACCCAGAGUCACAUUGCUAGAUCAGAGAUAUUUGAGAGGUGAUAAGACAGAUAAAAUUGUAACCCACAACCCCUUUUGGAGCCUGAAAGAUCAGAGAUUGCUGGAUCUUUGCCUGAUUUUCUACCCAGUUUACAUGCUUAGGGGUGUAGGCAUGGCCCUACUACUCUCAGCAAAGAGUAAAAGCGAGGGGACUUGGUCAUCCCCUUAUUCACAAAAGAUAUGUAGACCUAAGAACCUAUCUUUCUAUGCUACCUGCAAAUGGUCUGGCUAUAUUUAAAGACUGCUACCCCCCUUCCCCAUCCACAUUUUAUUUUGAGGGUACACACAUAUUUUAUAUGGAGGGCUUAUCCAAGAAUAGCACUGGAAAAGAAUACCUUGACCCCUUUGUGGGUACCCUUAGAAUUUUUUUGAAACCCUUACCUUCCAUCUUAGAGUCAAUACUAUAUAUUGGUUCUAAGGUAGAAGAGUAGUAAGGGAUAGGCACAAGGGGUUAAGUGACUUGCCCAGGGUCACACAGCUAAGAAGUAUCUGAGGUCAAAUUCGAACCCAGGAUGUCCUAGCCACUGAGCCAUGUGUUUGCGCUCUCAUACCCUUAGAAUUUUGAGCGAAAGCCAUACUCUUGUUGACCUAACUCAUCAGUGUGAAUGAGUUGAGAUAAGGAUCCUCAGAAUUUAUAUGAGUUAUAAGUGGAUUAAUCCAUUAUGCGUCCACCAACCAUUCUGCUUCCUAUUCAUUUUCCCUGAAUUUUCCAUAUUUCUGUAUAAAAUGAUGGCAACCCAGAUGACUGGGUACACAAUAAAUCUAUGUUGUCUAAUCUCAACUGGGUCCUCACUAUGACAAGAUAAUCCUUUUAUUCCUCCCUAACUGAUUCUCUAUCUCACUCACCAGAAGACUUAUUUCAAGCCUUUUCAUCUCUGCAUGUC